AUGGCGUCAUCUAAGCCCGUCACCAUUCCCGAGUGGAUGACGAACGAGUUCUUUCGGGAUGCUGUGGCCAAAAAGUUUGACGUGCCCGAAACGGCGCUCACCGUCGACGAGCUGGACGUACGUCCGGCGACGGAAUCCGGAGACAAUUUCGUGUCGGUCAUGUACCGGGUUCGCGUUACCGUCCGUUUGACUUCAACAGUGGAACCGACGAAGCAACACCGUACCGCGUCGCUCAUCGUGAAAGCGCUUCCCAGUAUGGGACUGUCGGAGGAAAUGAUCAUGUCGAUGAAUGUGUUUCCCAAGGAGACGGCCAUGUACACCGAGAUGCUGCCGGCGUUCGAGCGGCUGUACCGGGAGCGUGGCGUGGAGGUUGCCUUCGGUCCGCGCUGUCUGAAGCACUGCACCGACCCGACGGACAUUAUCGUGAUGGAAGACCUGCAGGAUCGCGACUUUCGCAUGGCCAACCGGCGCGAUGGGCUCGACCUGGAGCACUGCCAGACCCUGCUGAGACGGUUAGCUCAGUUCCAUGCGGCUUCGGCGGUGCUGCACGAGAAGAAUGGACCGUUCGACGACAAGUUCAAGGACGGAAUGUACGCCGAGAAGAAUCGCAAAAUGUUCGAACAAUUUCAAGAGAUGCACGAUGUGUUCAUGUACGAAACGAUGUGCAAUUGGCCAGGAAAGGGCAAGUUUUAUGCGGAACUGAUGAGACACUGGGGGAUGGACAUGUUCGACGCACUGCUACGUAUCGCCAAACCCGAUCCUAACAAAUUCAAUGUCUUGAACCAUGGAGACAUGUGGUGCAAUAACAUGAUGUUCCAGUACACCGACGAUAAAAAGAUCCGGGAAAUCACCCUCGUUGACUUCCAGAUGAGCAUGUGGUGCUCGCCAGUAAUUGACCUUAACUAUUUCCUAUUCUCGUCGGUGCGCGCCGAUUUGAAGCUGCGCGAGCUAGACUACUUGAUUAGCUACUACCAUCGUCAUCUGAGCGACAGCCUGACGCUGCUCGGCUUUGGCGGCGUGCGCCCGACGCUGCAGGAACUCCACUCGGACUUCAUCGACCGGCAGUUGUACGGGCUGUCGACGGCGUUUUCCAUACUGCCCAUCUGCCUGAUGGAGAAAACCGAGGACGCGUCCAUCGAUCUGAUGCUCGAUCAGGGCGACGCCGGGACGGCGUUCAAGAAGAAAAUGUACAACAAUCCGACGUUCGUCGAGCAGAUGGGAGUACUGAUGGAGCACUUCCACGAUACGGGCGCGUUCGAUAUUACCGGCCUUGGGGUGCAGCGUCCGGCGGAGAUCGAGUGCGUUGGCAAGCUGGACCUGCCACUGUGGCUCGAUCGAAGGUUUUUCGAGGACGUCGUGCAGUCCAAACUGGGAGCGUGUGCGGCCAACGAGCGUACGAUUCGCGGCGUCCGGUUGGAGCUGGCCACGAAAAAGGGAGACAAUUAUGCGUCGGUGCUUUACCGUGCCAGAGUGGAGGUGCAAAACCGUCGCACGGGCGUCAUCGAAAACUUCUCGACCGUCGUCAAGGCACCACCGAAGGGUGCGUUGGCGCAGCAUAUGUCCUACCUUCAGUACUCGGUGCGCGAGGUUCAGAUGUACAAGCUGUACCUGCCAGCGUUCGAGCAGCUCUACCGGGAACGGGGAGUUGAAGUGCACUUCGGUCCGCGGUGCUUUAAGGUGUGCGAAAAACUCCCGGCCGAUGUGCUGGUGUUGGACGACCUGACCUACGAAGACGGUAGCCGUAUGGCGGAUCGCCGCGCGGGACUAGACCAGAGCCAUACCGAGCUUGCACUGGAGCUGUUGGCGCAAUACCAUGCCGCGUCCGCGGUUUAUGUGGAGCAGGGCAACACCCUGUCGGAAGAGUUCGUCGCACCGAAAGUGAUCGAAAACAUGGACCGAAUGGGCAAGGAACUGUUCCAGCCGAUGCUGGACAACCUGAUCGGUUACAUGGCGGAAUGGGACUGGGCAGCGGAGUACCAUGCCGAUCUGCAGGCACUAGCCAAAGAUGUAUUCAGUGUGCUGGUCAAGAUCAUCAGUCCACGGGAAGGUCGGUUCUGUGUGCUCAACCAUGGCGAUCUGUGGGUCAACAACAUGUUGUUCAGCUAUGGCACUGGUUCGAACGCAAACCGUGCGACCGGCGUCACCCUGGUCGAUUUCCAGAUGUGCUGCUGGGCCUCACCGGUGAUCGAUCUGCACAGCUUUCUAUUCACCUCCGUGUGUCCGGAGCUGAGGCUGGCGAAGCUGAACUACUUCGUGCGCUACUACCAGGAGAAGCUGGUGGACAAUCUCUUGCUGCUCGGCUACCGGCGCCCCUUACCGACGUUGCAGCAGCUUCAUGUAGAUUUCAACGAUGCUCUUCUGUACGGGUUAACGAUAGUGUUGGUCGGGCUACCAUUCCUAUUAGUUCCGGAUGCGGUUGAUGCAUCGCAUGAUACGGACAUCGGCAGCAACACCGAAGCGGGGCAACGAUUUCAAAAGCUUCUUUUAGAUAACGAUGACUUGAGGGAGCAACUAAAGAUGCUGCUUCCCUUCUUCCGCAAUCGUGGCAUUCUUCACCACAAGAGUACCUGAGGAGGGGUAGGAGUUCCUCCCUCCUCGACAUGACGACAUAUAAACAACAGAGUCACAAAUAAACACCAACCGUACGCUACGAACAACCGAGUAUUUGCUUGGCACACGUUCCCAAACGUCGAAUUUACGCAUCGAUCUAACACGCGUCAGCAUGACUGUCCAGUUUUAAGCCAUUCAUGUGCCCCAUUGAGUCAAUUCGCUCUAUGAUUUGAGUUGAGACGCGAAGAAAAAACGAUUGAAAAUCGUAAAUAAUUUACCAUGCGGACCUACAGCCGCCCGGUUUGAGGAAAUAUGUUAAUGGGUUAAAACAUUCCUUAUAUAGCUAUCGCAGGCACACGCAAAGCAUAAGCACCUUAUCAUUAUGGUGGUUAUUAUCACAGAAAGAGAUUUAAUUUGACCAUAGAAGGACAUGGCACGCGAUCCUUGUACGUGGUCGGGGCGAUAAGCGAAGAGCGUGGUUUCAAUAUCGGUCAAAAUUGUCUAAGACUGUGGUAGUUCCAAGUAAUGAAGC